AUGGCUCUAAGAGACAUCGAGUCCACGCUUCCUCCAGGGUUCAGGUUCCACCCGAACGACGAGGAGCUUGUCUGUUACUACCUCCGCAAGAAGGUAGCCAACCAGACAAUCUCCGGAGUGACCCUUGUGGACGUCAAUCUCCACGUUCAAGAGCCAUGGGAGCUCCCCGGUGAGCUUCUCACUCGUAGGUUCCAUCUUCUUCAAUGUUCUGUCGUUGUCUUCGUGAUAUCUUCAUUUGGAGCGACCCAUCAUGCUGUUUCCAUCAUAUCCCCCCUUUUUCUCCAUGAUUCUCCCCAAUUCCUUCCGUUAGGCGACUAUCUGAGCACAAAUCCACGGGGUCUUAGGGAAACCAGAGACUUCGGCUGAGAUUCACCGGCGUUUCUACCCAAGAACCAGCAGGAUUACGCAUACAUCUCGUCCGGUUUCCUCAUUCAUCUGUUUUCACGCGCGUUCAUCGAGUCUAUAUACCCCGGAAACCUUCCAGUUGGAGUAAUUCCCUGAUUAGAGAGAGACAAUCAAGGAAAAAGGCCAGUGAUCCUAAAUAUCUCUCCCCCCUUCUCAACCUUGUAUGCGUUCAUUCUAAGCGCGGUCCAAGAGGAAGUAUUCUAAGUCACUCUUCCGUUACUAUCUCGUGCACACAACAUAAUCUGUAAGAUUUGUCACAACCCAUCAUUAAAUACGCUAUCUUCCGAAUGUAGACAGCCGAUCUCGCAUACUUUGAAGAUGAGGGUGCCCUUAGCGAACUUGUUAAACCUCGAGCACGCAACUUAGGCAGCUAAAACGUUGCAAAAGAGGUGAAUCAGAAUCCGAUAUAUAGGCUCCUCGUCGUAUCAAAUCUUGGUGAUAUGUUGCAGAUGCGGCCCGACUGAGCACGAACGAGUGGUACUUCUUCAGCUUCCGGAACCGGAGGUACGCGACGGGCUCGCGCGCGAACCGGGCGACGAAGACGGGCUACUGGAAGGCGACGGGGAAGGACCGGGCCAUCCACGAGCCCUCGGCGGGGGAUCUCACCGGCAUGAGGAAGACGCUGGUGUUCUACGGCGGGCGGGCUCCCAAUGGCGUCAAGACCGGGUGGGUCAUGCACGAAUUCCGGCUGGACAGAACCGGCGUGGCCCCGAAGGUAAGCCGAUCGACCCCUUUCAGAGGUUCCUGAGCCGCAAUUGCUCCACCAGAGGUACGGGGCUGAUGAUAGCAGCGAUCAUCAGUCUUAUGUUCCUCGCAGUCCGCCAAAAGGCCUGGCUGCUUCCACACGUGAGAGUACCCAUUAACGGCUGCGAAACAACCAUCUGAGUGUUGAUUUUAUGUGUUCAUGAAGGGUACAGUAGCUUGUUUAUCUCGUAGAAUUUUUACACGCCUUUUUUUAAAAAAUAACUCUGUUUAAGUGCGUGAUUUAUAUUCUAGGGCACCAUAUAAUGCUUCGUUCAUGAGCCCGUGUCGUGGAAAUAAUUUCAACAUCAAGUAACCAUCGUGUUGUUCACUAAAAAAAACCAUGGAUUGUGCUAUUUCUCCAAAAAGCAAAGUAUUUUAUUCAGAAAAAAAGGGUUUAAAUGGAGAAAAAAAAUCACGGAUUUAUCAGGUUUUAUGCUCGCGACUUACAGGGUUUGCAAGGUUCUCUACUGAGAAACUGGCCUGGAGUUCCUGGGUUUCUUCGGCUGUCCUGCUGGUUGUUCUCUUGACUUGUUUCUGUUUGUGUUGGCGACGACAGGAAGACUGGGUUUUGUGCAGAGUCUUCAAUAAGGAUAAAGAGGACACGGUGAGGGAAGACCCGGGAAACAGGCUGGACGGCAAUGACUUCGCCUUCCUUCACCCGUCUGCAAACCAUGGGACGACAGAAGAAUACCCACAUCAGCUCACCCUCUACUCCACGCAUUACCACCACCAGCAGGACGCUGCCGCUGGCUAUUCCGGCAUCUUCAGCUCCUCCGGUCUGCGCUCCGGCCUCCUGGACUUUUCGCCGGAGAUGGAGACUGAGACGGAGACGCCACUUCGUCUCGACGGCGGCAGCGGCGGCGUCUGCACCGGAGAGUUCGAAUUCUUUCUGGACGCCGAUCCCAUGGGUUGGGGGACUCAGCCAUGA